GGACCAAGGGGUGGGGCGGACGGGCUUAGGCGGGGCAGGAGGCGGAGGCGCCGCGUAGGCCAGGGAGGCCGGGCUGGCCCGGCUUGGGAGCUCUGUCCUCAUGUGCCGCCGCCGCCUCCAACGAUGUUCCCCUCCCGGAGGAAAGCGGCGCAACUGCCCUGGGAGGACGGCAGGUGGGAUAUUUCCUCAUGUCCAUCUCCCCGGUCUCUACCCCACCCCCAGCAAGAGCCCAGAGGGAGAAUCUAUAGAGGUUCCAGCCUUCCCAGGCCAAUAGCAGGAUUGGCCUCUGCUCCUCCCCAGCGGAAACCCCCACCACAUGACAAUGGGGGGUCCAGGUUGAUUCCCAGUGGCCUCCCCCGGAAAUGUUCCGUCUUCCACCUCUUUGUUGGCUGUCUCUUACUGGGCUUCCUCUCCCUGCUCUGGCUGCAACUCAGCUGCUCUGGGGACGUAGCCUGGGCAGCCAGGGGACAAGGACAGGAGACCCCAGGCCCAUCCCGGGCCUGCCUGCCAGAGCCACCUCGUGAGCACUGGGAAGAAGAUGAGUCGUGGGGCCCCCACCGCCUGGCAGUGCUGGUGCCCUUUCGAGAACGCUUCGAGGAGCUCCUGGUCUUUGUGCCCCACAUGCACCGCUUCUUGAGCAGGAAGAAGAUCCAGCACCACAUCUACGUGCUCAACCAGGUGGAUCAUUUCAGGUUCAACCGGGCAGCACUCAUCAACGUGGGCUUCCUGGAAAGCGGCAACAGCACCGACUACAUUGCCAUGCACGACGUGGACCUGCUCCCUCUCAAUGAGGAACUGGACUAUGGCUUCCCAGAGGCUGGGCCCUUCCACGUGGCCUCCCCGGAGCUCCACCCACUCUACCACUACAAGACCUACGUUGGUGGCAUCCUGCUGCUUUCCAAGCAGCACUACCAGCUGUGCAACGGGAUGUCCAACCGCUUCUGGGGCUGGGGCCGAGAAGACGACGAGUUCUACCGGCGCAUCAAAGGAGCUGGACUCCAGGAGCAGUUCAAGGUGGACCGGGAGGGAGGCCUGAGCACUGUGAAGUACCGCGUGGAUUCCCGUACAGCCCUGUCUGUGGGCGGGGCCCCCUGCACUGUGCUCAACAUCCUGUUGGACUGUGACAAGGCCGCCACUCCAUGGUGCACAUUCAGCUGAGUUGGCUGGACAGUAAGGAGGCUUGUGCCUAUAGGCCACACUGCUACUCAAGCCCAGGACAAAGCCUUGGCCCAGGCCCAGCUCCAGUAGGACAUGGAGUGGCCUGAAGCAGUGGCCAGCCAGCCACACGUUUGCAGCAACCUGGCUCCCAAAGGCAGGCUUGAGCCAGGACAGGACACACACAGGGUGCCUGGGAUGCUACCAGCAAUAAACAGUGAUGGAGAGAGGCUGGGACAUGGCUCCCAACUGGGACUCUCCACCCUGCCUUACUGCUUGCCCUGCCCUGCCCUCUUUUGUGUGCUGAGAUCUGCAAGCUCCUCCCUUUGGACUGCCUCAUGCAGAGAUACAGUUCAGAAGCCAGGCCACUGAUGUGGGUGGCUAGGGCCGUUAGGAGGGUUAAAACUGCAGAGACCAGUGUGCAAGCCCUACAGAGGGAGCAGCUGAGCCCAGCUCUGGCUGGUUGUCACCAUGCAGGAGUGUGGGCCUUGUGUUACCAGGUCUUCUGACUUUUCAAAAGAAACUAGAAUUCUGGAUUCUUGAGUGAAA